UGCUGCUGGAGCUCGUCUUCACAGAAUCAUCUAGUUUCCCUGAAAAGAGUCUGUGAGCUGAAAAAGCGCUUUCUGUUUCCUCCCCCUGUGUCUGUGUGUGUGUCUGUGUGUUUAUUGUGUGUGUGUGUGUGUGUUUAUUGUGUUUCUUUGUGUGUGUGUGUGUGUGUUUGCGUGUCAGAAAUCGUGGACUACAUCGAGCGUCUGCAGGUUUUGCGUGAGAUUGUGAAGAAGUUUCCGUCCGUCAACUACCAGGUCUUCAAAUACAUCAUCACACACCUGAACAGGGUGAGCCAGCACAGUAAAACCACCCUGAUGACGGCCGACAACCUCUCCAUCUGCUUCUGGCCCACACUGAUGAGACCCGACUUCGAGAACAAGGACACGCUGUCGACCACCAAGCUGAACCAGGCCGUGGUCGAAUCCUUCAUCCUGCAGAGCGACUACUUCUUCCACGGCGGCGAGGUGGCCGAGAGCUCCAGCAGCGAGGGCACGCCGCCGCCGCACUGCCACAACAUGGUGGAGGCGCUGCUGCCGCUGCAGCUGCCGCCGCCGCUGCAGCCACAGCAGAUCCAGCACGCGCUGCCGCCCGAGCCGCUCAUAUAGACGCAUCAGCUGAGGACGUCUGAUCAGACACCUGAGCUCUGAACUCCAAUCACCUGUCGGCACAUAGCAACACUAAGUUUAGCACACUGAGGUCCUGCAGCUGAAAGGGAACCGACUGAUCCACUGUUUGUCUUCCUGCACAGGAAACCUUUCUUCUUCGUCUUCUUCUUCUUCUUCUUCUUCUUCUUCUUCUUCUUCUUCUGUUGUUGGCGGAAGCAUCAAGCAGAUCCGUGAACUCGCAGACGUCUGGACUGUUUUUUGGAGGUGGAAGGUUUUAAAUGACAAAAGGAAGCGACCCACUACGAGGACUGAAAGGACGGCCGAAGGUCCAAACGCCAAUUUCAUGUUUGUUUCGUCAUGUUUCUUUUUAUAUUUUUUGUAUUUGGGUUCGUGUCUGCUGAGUGUAUGUGUUGCAGCAGAAGGAAAAAGGGAACCUGACUGACGGACUCGGAUCCUCCACGACGGCACAUGACGAUGACGGAACCACUAGGAGGCGUCGCUCGACUCCUUCGCUCUUCGUUUUCUUGUUUCGUUGGUUUGUUGGGAUGGAAAAUUUGCAUGUUUUUGCCACUUAGUGAAACAACAAAAAAAGAAACUUAAAGUUAAAAAAUGAAAUGAAUAACUCUGAAACUCGUUUUUGGUUCAAGGGGAACAUUUUGUUUUGCAUCUGUUCCUUUGUCCUUCAUGCAAGAAAUCAACUCUUAAUAUCAUAUUUUUGGUUAUAUGUGGAAUAGUUUCCCUAAAUAGAGGACAGAAGUAUAUAUGAGUAUAUAUAUAUAUAAAUCUAUCAGCAGAGGCGCUGAUGUAGUGAACUACGGGGUACUGGACUAUAAUCUGAAGCUAUAAUCAUGUUUGUAACUGAACCAUCUUUUUCUGAUGGUGUGUGAAUGAGAGUGUGUUUGUGGAGGCUGAUAACGGAUCAAUAACGGAUCAGUAACGGAUCAAUA